UCUUGCGUCUUCUUUCUAAAUGCUGAUGAAAUGAGGAAGUAGGAUUCUUUACAGACUUUGAUUCAUACAAAUUGUCAACUCAGCUGCAAUUUUUCACAAUAUUGAGAUAUUCUAUCCUUUUGUUCUCAUACCAUCUUUCCUAAUUGAUUAGAAAUUUCCUAUCAACUUUCAAUGGGAAAGAAAAGGUGCUGGUUUAGUUGGGUGAAGAAGAUAUUCGCUUCUGAUGCGAAACCAAAACCGGAAAAGAAAUCAAGGAGGUGGAAAUGGAUUUUUAGAAGACUGAAACUAAAGCAAUACCACCCUGCACUUCCCCCACUUCAAAAAUCAUUGUGUGAAGCAAGGGAAGAGCAAAGAAAUCAUGCUUUAAACGUAGCCAUUGCAACAGCUGCCGCAGCGGAGGCUGCAAUUGCUGCCGCCCAAGCAGCGGCUGAGGUUGUUCGUCUCACAGCUGCCUCUAACCCUUCUCAUCAUUUCACUACAAUCGACAGAAACUUGGCUGCUCUUAAUAUCCAAACUGCUUUUCGGGCACACCUGGCAAGGAAAGCACUGAGGGCAUUGAAGGGAGUAGUGAAACUCCAAGCUAUUGUUCGAGGCCGAGCUGUGAGGCGUCAGGCACUGAUUAACCGGAAGUGCUUACAGUCUGGUACAAAUAUGUACCCAAAGGUGAAGGAGAAGAGUACUUCUCCAACUAGAGUAAUUUGUCAAGACAGCAGGAGAAAACAGAGUCUCAUGAACAAAGAUGAAUUGCAGGACAAAGACAUUAAAUAUGCAUGCAAUAGUGAAAGGAGCUGGAAUGACAGUGUGCUUUCUAAACAAGACAUUGAAGUCAAAUUUUUAAGAAGCCAGGAGGCAAUGGCCAAAAGAGAGCGUAUGAAGAAAUACUCCUACUCCCAUCGGGAGAGGCUAAAUACUCGUAUGCUUGAUGAAUUGGUGCACGUCAAAGAAGCUAAAGCUGAGGCAAAUGAAAGGGAUAGAGUGAUGAUUUCGAAACUGGAUGUGCCUUCAAAUUUGAGUACAUGGGAAAUAAAUGGUCCACCUCAUGUUAGACAUAGAAAAUUAAAAAAGCAGCAAGAUACACUAAAUGGAAUGAAUUCGCCCUUUUCAUUUCCAAGAAGAUCAUUUAGUCGUACGCAGCAGAGUGCAGCCGGGGAUGAAGGUUCCAUCCCCAAUUCGCCAGUUUUUCCUAGUUAUAUGGGAGCAACAGAAUGUGCAAAAGCAAAGGCAAGGUCAAGGAGCACGCCAAGGCAACGGGUAGGAUUUUGGGAUAGUUGCUUUGAUAAUAGUGGGGCAUACAAGGGUGGACUUUCUUUGUGGUCCACUUUUGAGGGUGAACCAUUCAGCAUCGAAGAGAAUUGUUGUCUUCCUAUGAAUCCACACAUUGGUUAUAUGACAUCAACAUUUGUAAAAUGAAAAUCAGAAUGCUGGUCUCAGUAGGUGCAAUGCGUCUUUACCAGUUAUAAAAUGGCAUAUAUUCGAGAAUUACGACAGCCUCAUAUUACAAGGAAGGUUUUCCUGUAUUUGACAAGGUAUAUAUAAAUGGUUUGUUUGCUCUAUUUUUAUUUUUUUUGUGGAAAAUGGGUUGUUUUUGAAAGAGUUUUGUGCCGACUAAUGUGCAGUGAAAGAUUUGGCUUGUAUCAAAAAGGGGAAACUUCACAUGUACUCGUAUCUAUAAAAAUGUUCAAUCAUUUUAUUUUCUUGAAGAUGAGAAUGUAUUUCUCUGCUUCAGCAUGAAGCAGCUUUGUUGUCAUUUGGGGAGCCUCUCUGCAAGUGUAUGAUGGCAAUUUGCAAUGUUUAAUAAUAUAAUAUAAUGUCCCUUGGAUUA